CAACUGGAGGUUACCAAUGUUCAUCACAAUGUCAAUGUCGCUCCCCUAUUCCCGGGCUUGCUUUUCCGGCCGCAGCUUCAGAGCUGAGUUUGCAGCAUUGAAGUUUAUUGAAUCAAAACAGCGAUUUUUGUUUUCACCCCAAGACCUUGCGGAAAGGAAAAGAGGAGAAAGUUAUGUCAUGGAAGCUAUUUGGAUCUAUCAGUUCCGUCUGAUAGUGAUCGGAGACUCGACCGUGGGCAAAUCCUGCCUCCUCCGGAGGUUCACCGACGGCAAAUUCAACGACGCGUCCGACCCCACGGUCGGUGUGGACUUUUUCGCCAGGCUGGUGGAGAUCGAGCCGGGGAAGAGGAUCAAAUUGCAGCUGUGGGACACGGCGGGACAGGAACGGUUCAGGUCUAUAACUCGUUCGUAUUACCGCAAUUCAGUUGGUGGGCUACUUGUAUUCGACAUUACAAAUCGGAGGUCAUUUGAACAUGUCCGUGACUGGUUGGAGGAAGCAAAGAUGCACGUUCAGCCAUUCCAAAUCAUAUUUCUGCUGGUUGGACACAAAUGUGACUUGGUGACCCAACGGAAAGUUUCAAAGGAAGAGGCAGAGAAACUUGCGGCAGUAUCGGGUAUGAAAUACAUUGAGACCUCUGCAAAGGAUUCAACCAACGUGGAGGAGUCUUUCACUGUUCUAACCCAGGAGAUAUACGAGCUGCUCAAAAAAGGCAACAUCUCCAUCCAAGAAGGAUGGGAAGGUGUUAAGAGUGGUGUGGUUCCAAAUGUUGUUCACUCUUCUGAGGAAGCUGUGCAGCCUGGAAGAAGGUGCCUUUGUUAAUUAUUGGGGUUCGAUAACCCAACAUUCCAAAGAAUUGCUUAAUGUACUUUAGCCAUUUGUGCAAGCUUGCAUCAACAAAUUUACUGGGGUUCAUCCUAGACUUAGUAUAGAAUUAAUUAAAUAUAGUUCAUUGGAAAGUAAGUACGUCAAUUAGGCUACGGAGCUUCUCCAACAUGAAAUGUACAUAUUUUAUUUUCAAUAGUUGCUGACUUUAAUAGCAAUAGUGUAUUUUUUUGCACUGUAAAAUCAAGUUUUAUUUUUGGAGUGUUGCCUUACUGUAAGGCCAGCCAAUCUAUGGGACAGGAUAAAUAAAGGUUUAAUAAACAUGUAUAUUUGAUAUGAGCUGUUUACCCUAAGCAAUGAUUUAAGUAUGGUUUUGUCCAUUUCAGAAAAGUUUGAGUACAUUUUGGGAAUGUGAGAGCAGAAAUGCUUCAGUUUAAGUUACAGAUUUUACUUUGUGGAAGCAGAUUGUGCAAUUCCUUAAAUCCCCAGCUUUUACGUAAAGUUUAUGAAUUGUGAAUGUUUGCCAAGAUUUGAUUAGGGCCUUUGAUGUCAUUUGUGGCUAAUAAGAUGUCAAUGGAUGACAAAUUCAAGAGUUAAAAGGAGUAGUAAAUGAGAACAUACUCCAAUAAAUACGUAUAUUUACAUAUACGUAUAUAUUUUUAAAUAAGAUAAAUUGUGCUGUUAACUGGGGUUUCAAAACUGCCGUGAAUUGCUGACAACAAUUCUGGCUCGGACAAGCCAGCAACUUGGUUAUAUGCACAAAGAUGUUGGCCUCUGUUUAGAGUCCUGCACUAGGUUCUUUUGUGAACCAAUAUUGUUUAAUAACAUGGGAAAUUAAUGAGUAUUGGCAUGGCAUAUGGGUGUUCAGCUUAUUGCUUUUAAGGCUACAGUUUACAAUUGCAAACUUCUGUCUUUUUGUAGAUUUUUGGAAAGAGGUGAGACUGUUAUGGCUGUUAAAUAAUACUUCCAAAAUUUGCAAUAUGUAAUAGAGAUGUGAAUGGAGAAUGCAAUGAUGGCACCAAGUAAAAACUUGACCCAAUUGUGAUGGUUACAGAGGACUUGAAUAUUACUGCAAUGGGCAAGUUUUUAUAUCCAGUACCCUUUCAAUCCUCCAGGAGUAUUGCGAUACCCUGCUGUUUUCUGUAGGCCAGGCAUCCUUUAUUGCACUUGCUCACUUCCUUGCACUUAAUUGUUGAUAAUUACUGCAAACCAAAAAAAUAUAGGCAAAAUUUAAACAGCCUGUGGCGUUUGAUAAGUAUGCACUAACUAACCUUUGGCACGCAAGCCUCUUUUUUCUGAAGUCAAAUGUGAAAUGCUUAUAAGUAAAUGAGUGACUGAAUUUACAAGUCUUUUAAAUCGAGUUGUUUUGCCUAUCAGAUCAGAUUUAACUAAACCCAGCUGCGUAGUGUAAACUGCGAAUUUACACAGGAAAGACAAAAGAGUCGAAUUUCCUCAUGCUAAAGACAAAAUAUAGGUAUACAUACUUGUACUCUGCUGCCAAAAUUCAGUAAGCCAAAUUUCACUACAUUAUUAUAUUCCAUAUUUAGUACAUGCGACCAAGAAUGGAUUUCUACCUCCCAAGAUAGUGUUCAUUUACCCACAUCAAAAUCGUGGUGUUCUUGAUACUUAGAAUGUCGGAGGAGUGGUGAAUUUCUGAAGUUCUAGGUCUCCAAUUGAUCUCAUAUAAUUUAUUGUUAGGUAAGGUGGGUUUUAUUCACUCCAUUUUAUGUAUCGUAGAAGUUAAAUAUUUUUAAAAUCCAUCUCUUUUAAUAUAACAUUAAACACCAAGCUAAUGAAUAUAUUCAAUAGAACCAAUUUAUAUUUGGUGUCUUAAGAAUAGUAAAUGCUGGAAAUACUCAAAAAUACUCAAUAGCAUCAUUAACUUAAGGUGUUAAUUCCUCCCACAACUGCUGCCUGUCUUCCUGGAUUAAUUUCAUUAAUUUUGGAUUUCUUAUUUCUUUGACAUUUGGUUUAUAUAUCUGUUGCACAUAUAUCUCUCGCGAGAGUGAUUAUUAAGCAAAAAGUAGCAAAUAAACAGCCCAAAUGUUGAACAAGGCUCUGAUCUUUGGUUUGAACUAGCGUAUUAAUAUUAACUGCAGUGCUGAAGUAACUCAGCGGGUUAGGCAUAAUCUCUGGAGAACAUGGGAAGGUGAAGUUUUGGGUUUGAAAUCUUCUUCAGUCUGAAUAAAAUUCCUGACUCGAAAUCACACCUGUCUGUGUUCUACAGAGAUGCCACUUGACCUGCUGAGUUACUCCAGCACUUUGUGUCUUUUUUAAAAACCAGCAUCAACAGUUCCUCUAUUAAUCUACUUAGCCAAUGAAAGUAUUGAUUUUUUGACAUGACCAAACAUUUACAUGACAUUCCUUUGUUUGAAAUGUUUAAAUUACUUGCAUUAUUCUUUUAAUUGUCACACUUCAAUUUAACAUUUUUUGAUCAUGGCCAAUGGAACUGUUUUCAGUAGAAAAUGAAAAUCAGAAGGUAAAACAUAUGGCCCCAGAGUGUCAGAUGUAAACCGUUCAAAAACAUUCACCAGAGGCUUUGGAGCUAGUUAUUUAGUUAUCUUGAGGGAAGGUGGAAAUUAUUCAUGUUCAUUUAUACUAUUUUAAAAUGUAGCAAUCCACACUUGUAUUCUCCUACAACAAUGAUUUCACUCAUGAAUUAAUUUCAACAAUUGUACUUGUGAAUAAACUUCAAAGUAAGGUAUAAAUUAUUGAAUGUCAAUAUUUUUAUUUUGUUGUCCAAAAUAAAUAUUUGUUUUGGUUAUGUGUA